UUUUCACUAUCCUCCAAGUUUUCCACCUAGACUAGACCAUGUUCAAGAUUAUCGCGUUCGCAGCGUUGAUGGCUCCUACGGGCGCCGAUGCAUUCGUAUCUCCAGCCACCAGCACCUUUUCCGGCGGGAUCACCGCCCAGAGGAUCUCCACCUCGGCGAGACCGGCAACCAAGCUUGUGAGGAUGGACGCCAACAAGGACGACUUCGUGCCCGACAUGAACCGCCGCACGGCCAUGAACCUCAUCCUUGCGGGGUCCGUCGGCGUCAGCGUCUUCGGCCUGGCAGUGCCGUACCUUUCGUUCUUCGUGCCCCCAAGCGAGAGCGGCCGCGGUAGCAGGGUCACCGCAAAAGAUUCUGACGGAAACGAGGUCACAGUGAAAAGCUGGCUGGCGACGCACACCGCGGGGUCCCGGGAUCUCGCCGAGGGUAUCAAGGGUGAUGCGACUUACUUGAUGGUGACGGAGGACAAAAAAAUCCAGGACUACGGGAUCGUGGCGGUCUGCACCCACUUGGGAUGCUUGGUCCCCUGGUACGAGGACGAAAACAAGUUCAUUUGCCCGUGCCACAACUCUAUGUACGACUCCACCGGAAAGGCAAGUUCUUAGGGGGCCUGCACCCCUACCCCUUGCGCUCUCGCACGUCGGGGAGACCGGUGGCAAGGUUUUCUUCGAAAGUUGGACUGAGGUGGACUUCCGCAACGGGGAGAAGCCGUGGUGGUCGUGAAGCCAGCAGUCAGACCGAAUUUGGCGUGAAAUGAAAUUCGUGGGUAGAGCUAGAAGGCAGGUCGCAGCAGCAGCAGCAGCACUACUAGCAGCAGCGUCCUGAUUGCGCCGGCCGGCCUUUCCAACGUCAUCUAGACGUUAACUUCUUCGUUGACUGUGGGCGGAUCAUUUUGUCGCAUUGCCCUUGGUUUGGCCCGUGUCUGGUGAAACUCCUCGGCGUGUGAUCAUCAUUUUCAAAGAGGAAAUUGAGGUUCCAACUGGAACGGUGAGCAGGGGAGACCUGAAAUGUAUUUUGUAUAACGAGAAGAAACGUCGUGCUCGCGUCUCAGAAUGAUGUGGGAGUCCGCGUUUUGCGACAACAAAGUCGGGAAAAGCCUGACGUGUAGUUACAGUGGUUGAUGUCGCCAAACGGCCGCGUUUUGCGACAACAAAGUCAGGAAAAGCCUGACUUGUAGUUACAGUGGUUGAUGUCACCAAACGGUUGCUCCCAGGUGCGAAACGUGUCUCGCUUCCAACGCUGGCCACGAGAAAUACAUCUU